AGAGCUCUGGGCGCUGCGAGCGGCGCUGCCAUUUAAAGGGGCCGCGACCCCCGUCCCGGCUGCUAGGGAGGGAGGGAGGAGGAGGAGCUCGGGGCCGUCGCCGUCUGCAGCCCCCGGCUGGUAAUCGCCACCCUAGCCACACUAGCCCCGCCGCAGCCCAAAUCUAGUCAUCCAUGGACCCCAGCGAUUUCUCCAGUUCAUUUGACUCGCUGUCUCUGCCAGAGAAGCCCCUGGCAGGAGACCUUCCAGUGGACAUGGAGUUUGGAGAAGAUCUGCUGGGUUCCCAAACUGCCCCAAGCCAGGGCUGGACUCCUCCUGGACCACCACCAACCACUGAGGCCCUAGACUUGCUGGAUACCCCUGCUGGCCUGGAAAAAGACCCGAGUGUUCUAGAUGGAGCCACUGACCUCUUGGGACUUGGGGGGCUCCUCUACAAAGCACCCUCUCCUCAAGAGGUUGACCAAAGUCCGGAGGGCACACUGGGUUGGGCUUCAGGGGACCAGUCCCUCGAAUCUGUCCCCAGAGGACAGGCCCCUGAAGUAGCCACGUCUGAUCCUGGGGCACAAGGCACAAGCCCUGCCAUGACUGAGGGGCUCCUGGAGCCCUUGGCUCCAGAUGCACUGAUCAACCUCGAAGAAGAGACACCAUGCACAACUGGUAGAAGAAAGGGCCCCCCUGGGCAGGAGGAAGAGCUUCUGCAGGGGCAGCCCCCAAGCCCAAAUGCCCCCCCAAGCCCCUCUGUGGGGGAAGCCCAGGGGGAGAGCAGCUCCAAGACCCAGCCCAGCCCCCCAGCACACCCCUCCUUGCCAGGGGAUGGCCAGACUGAGAAAAACAGCGAGCCGCCUCCUGAGAAGGAACAGAAGAGAAGUGAGCGUGCUCGGAGGGUGGAAGCCCCUAAACCGGAGACAGUGGACUCCUCAGAAAUUCCAGUAUCGGAUGAGGACUCAGAUGCUAUGGUGGAUGACCCCAACGAUGAGGACUUUGUGCCCUUCCGGCCAAGGCGCUCUCCCCGGAUGUCCCUGCGAACCAACUUGGCCCCCCGGGCUGCCCGCUCAGCAGGCACUAAAAUGACCUGUGCCCACUGCCGGACCCCCUUGCAGAAGGGUCAGACCGCUUAUCAACGCAAAGGGCUCCCCCAACUCUUCUGCUCCUCCACUUGCCUCACCACGUUCUCCAAGAAGCCUCUGGGCAAGAAAACCUGCACCUUCUGCAGAAAGGAGAUCUGGAACACCAAGGACUCAGUUGUGGCCCAGACUGGGUCAGGAGGUUCAUUCCAUGAAUUUUGUACAUCUGUCUGCCUCUCCCUGUAUGAGGCCCAGCAGCGGCCAGUGCCCCCAGCGGUCGAUGCAUCGGAUGCCACCCGCUGCAGCAUCUGUCAGAAAUCUGGAGAGGUCCUGCAUGAGGUCAGCAAUGGUAGCGUUGUGCACAGACUUUGCAGCGACUCAUGUUUCACCAAGUUCCGUGCCAACAAGGGACUAAAGACCAACUGUUGUGACCAGUGCGGAGCCUACAUCUACAGCAAGGGGGGGGGCGGGGCCCCUCCUCCUGAACUGCUCUUCCACGAGGGCCAGCAGAAACGCUUCUGCAGCACAGCCUGCUUGGGGGGUUACAAGAAGAAAAACACCCGAGUGUACCCGUGUGUCUGGUGCAAGACGCUGUGUAAGAACUUCGAGAUGCUAUCCCAUGUGGACCGGAAUGGCAAGACCGGCCUCUUCUGUUCCUUAUGCUGUACCACUUCCCACAAAGUGAAGCAGGCUGGGCUGGCUGGCCCUCCCCGCCCAUGCAGCUUCUGCCGCCGAAGUCUCUCUGACCCCUGUUACUACAACAAGACGGAUCGCACAGUCUACCAGUUCUGCAGCCCCAGCUGCUGGACCAAGUUCCAGCGUACAAACCCUGAGGGGGGCAUCCAUCUGAGCUGUCACUACUGUCACAGCCUGUUCAGCGGCAAGCCUGAGAUCCUGGAUUGGCAGGACCAGGUGUUCCAGUUUUGUUGCCGUGAUUGCUGUGAGGACUUCAAAAGGCUUCGGGGUGUGGUGUCCCAGUGCGAGCACUGUCGUCAGGAGAAGCUACUUCAUGAGAAACUCCGCUUCAGUGGGGUGGAGAAGAGCUUCUGUAGUGAAGGCUGUGUGCUGCUCUACAAGCAGGACUUCACCAAGAAGCUGGGCUUGUGCUGCAUCACCUGCACCUACUGCUCCCAGACCUGCCAGCGUGCGGUCACCGAGCAGCUGGAUGGCAGCACCUGGGACUUCUGUAGUGAGGACUGUAAGAGCAAGUACCUACUGUGGUACCGUAAGGCUGCCCGCUGCCAUGCCUGUAAACGUCAAGGGAAGCUGUUGGAGACGAUCCACUGGCGGGGGCAGAUCCGGCACUUCUGCAACCAGCAGUGUCUGCUUCGCUUCUACAGCCAGCAGAACCAGCCCAACCUGGACACUCAAAGUGGGCCCGAGAGCCUCCUCAACAAUCAGUCUCCAGAGCCUAAGCCCUCUGCACCCUCCCAGCCCAAAGUGACCAGCAGCACCACAGCGGCUGCUUCGAAAAGCCGCUCGGUCCCAAUUGAUCCUACUCCCCCACCCCCACCUUCGAUGCCCCGAAAGAACAAAGCCGCCAUGUGCAAGCCCCUGAUGCAGAAUCGGGGCGUGUCCUGCAAGGUGGACAUGAGGUCCAAAGGGUGUCAGACAGAGCAAGACUGGAAGCCACAGGUGAUCGUGCUGCCUGUCCCAGUGCCCAUCUUUGUCCCAGUGCCUAUGCAUCUGUACAGCCAGAAAGUCCCGGUGCCUUUGUCACUGCCUAUCCCAGUACCUGUGCCCAUGUUCCUGCCCACAACUCUGGAGAGCACAGACAAGAUUGUGGAAACUAUUGAGGAGCUGAAGGUGAAAAUUCCAUCCAACCCUUUGGAGGCUGACAUCCUGGCCAUGGCAGAAAUGAUAGCGGAAGCUGAGGAAUUGGACAAGGCCUCAUCUGACCUCUGUGACCUAGUAAGUAACCAGAGCACAGAAGGGCUGCUAGAAGACUGUGAUCUGUUUGGACCAGCGAGAGAUGACGUUCUCGCCAUGGCUGUGAAGAUGGCCAACGUCCUGGAUGAGCCAGGGCAGGACCUAGAAGCUGACUUCCCUAAGAAUCCCUUGGACAUCAACCCCAGUGUGGAUUUCCUCUUUGACUGUGGCCUGGUGGGACCAGAUGAUGUCUCUACUGACCAGGACCUGCCCCGAGCCAUCAGAAAGGGUCAGAAGCGGCUAGUGCUUUCUGAAAGCUGUUCCCGGGAUUCCAUGAGCAGCCAGCCCAGCUGUACAGCCCUUAACUACUCCUAUGGUGUCAACGCCUGGAAGUGCUGGGUGCAGUCAAAGUAUGCGGGUGGGGAGUCAAGCAAGGCCGAGGAGCUGCGCUUUGGCCCCAAGCCAAUGCGGAUCAAAGAAGACAUCCUGGCCUGUACAGCUGCUGAGCUCAACUAUGGCUUGGCCCAGUUUGUAAGGGAAAUAACCCGACCCAAUGGCGAACGAUAUGAGCCUGACAGCAUCUACUAUCUGUGUCUUGGCAUCCAACAGUACCUCCUGGAAAACAACCGAAUGGUGAACAUUUUCACGGACCUUUACUACCUGACCUUUGUCCAAGAGCUCAACAGGGCCCUGAGCAGUUGGCAACCCACAAUCCUCCCCAACAACACAAUAUUCUCCCGGGUGGAGGAGGAGCACCUCUGGGAGUGCAAGCAGCUGGGCGUCUACUCUCCCUUUGUCCUUCUCAACACUCUCAUGUUCUUCAAUACCAAGUUCUUUGGCCUGCAGACGGCAGAAGAGCACAUGCAGCUGUCCUUCACCAACGUGGUGCGCCAGUCACGUAAGUGCACCACUGCUCGGGGCACCACCAAGGUAGUGAGCAUCCGCUACUACGCACCUGCCCGCCAGCGCAAGAGUCGAGACACCAAUUCGGGGAAGCGGAAGAGGGAGGAGGAACUUCCUGUCUUGGAACAGCGUGAGAACCGUAUGAACCCUUUGCGCUGUCCUGUCAAGUUCUAUGAAUUCUAUCUCUCCAAAUGCCCCGAGAGCCUGCGGAGUCGGAAUGAUGUGUUUUACCUGCAACCAGAGCGCUCUUGUAUUGCUGAGUCUCCACUCUGGUACUCUGUGAUCCCCAUGGAUCGGAGCAUGCUGGAAAGUAUGCUCAACCGCAUCCUGGCUGUUCGUGAAAUCUAUGAAGACCCAGGUCGUCCUGGAGAGGAGGACCUGGACUGAGCGUGCCAUGCGUAUACACUCUCCACACCAAUGUCUGUCCUGUGGCCCACCCCUUCCCUUGAGAGGGGCUGGCCCAGGCGCCAAUGCUGCUCAUUCUGAAGGGCCCUGCCCACCCCUCCCCACUCCUUCUCCUGAGGCCUGCCCUGGGAGCACCUGGCUUUCUGCCUUCUUCCAUAUCACUUGUCAUUGCUGAAGACCCUGUUCCUUUGCUCAGGGGCUCUUCUCCCAGUGCUAGGUUCCACUGGGGGGUCUCCCCUGUGCCUCGGAGCAACACUCUUCGCCCUUGGGCCAGAUUGGGGUGGGAGGUUGGGGGGGCGGGUAGAAGGGGGAAGGCUUGGUGACAGGUAUAAUAGCCCUCACCUUGCUGGUCUUCGAGGCCUUGCAUGAGCAGGCCUAGGCAAGGGAAGUCAGUGCCCUGGUGCCCUUAGUGGGUUGCCAGGUUUGGGAAAGAGCCCUGGUGCCUUCCCUUUCCCCUUCCUAAAGGUGCCACUCCAGGGCACUCGCCAUGAAAGAUCCCCAGGGCAGGGGUGGGGGGAGGGGGAGAGGACCAUUUCCCCUGCAGCACAGGGCUUAGCCACUACUUCCUCUGCCAGGCCUCCCCUCACAGCUGGACUCCUAUGAGCACUUCCUCCCUCCCAGGCACCAGGGCCUUGUACUAUGAAUCUAGUGAUUUUCCCAGUGCUUUUUCCCUUUCUGCCACAGGCAGAGAAUGACUCUUGAGUGCGGGGUGCGGACUUCUGCUCCCCGCAUCUGUGUGUCCAUUUGACUCGGCCAGCCACGGCAUCGCCGUGCUUCCCCCCUUCAUGGCUUCCUGCCCGCUCCCCCUCGAGCUCAGUGGGCAGUUCCCACAGCAAUAACCAUGCCCAUUCCUGGCAUGGGAUCUGAUUCCCCACCCCUGUCCUACCCCCAUUGAAGAACCAGGCUGAGCCUGUGGGGGCCUCUGACAGUUUGGGUGACAUCUGACGGGGAGCUGAGUCGGGAGGCACCUCCUCCCCGCUGCCUUGUUUUUCUUCUUCCCCCUCAUUGCCUUGUUCCAGGUUAGCUAAAUAGGGUCAGGCUGAGGGGUGGCCAGCUUCCCCCCAGUGGCUUUGCUGUUCCCUGGCCCCAUCUCUGUGUUUUUCUAACUGUUAUCGGUUUAGCCGCUGUUGAAAUUGUAUAUAUUGUUGUGAGGCGCCUCGCCUGUCCCCGCAGUGAUGCUGACGCCCUCGUGUUGUAGUGAGAGAAGCCGUUGUCACAACUAACCUUCUGUCCCUGGAACUGUUCGUUUCAAAUAAAGAUUCAAAAGUACUGCUACUUCCCCUCUUUGGGG